UUAUGAUUACUAUGUGUAUCAUCUAUAUGUAUAGACUACAGUGUAUAUAAUUUUUUUUUUUUUUUUUAUUUUAUUUUUUAUUUUUUUUUAUCCCCCACAUGUUUAUUAUUUUCAGGUAGCGAUAGCUAUUUUUCCCUUUUUUUUUCCCUUUUUUCCCUCACUUUCUCAUAAUGACUACACAAAAGCUGCGUAUUGUUCCUCAUCUCAACUCUAGCCAAGCACUGGUAUUUCCAAUCAUGGAGUAUACAUUAGAUGAAGCUGAUACUGUGACCAUUGGCAGGUCUGUAGCCGAAAAAAGAGUGACCAAGUCUCAAAUGACUUUUAGGAGUAAAGUCGUGAGUCGCAAACACGCAGAAAUAUUUUUAGAGGCGGGAAAGGUCUAUCUGCGGGAUGUAAAGUCUUCUUCUGGCACUUUUCUUAAUAGUCGACGGUUAUGUGGUCCCGGCCAAGUUUCGCAGGCUCAUGAGAUUCAAGAUAACGACAUUAUUCAAUUGGGGGUUGAUUAUCAAGAAAUAUAUCGCUGUGUAAGAAUGAGACUUGAGUUGAACCGAGAAAGCCCAGACAAUGUAGCCUCUAGGAAAUUCAACCUUAAAACAUAUCAUUCACUACGAAACCUCACAACACCACCUAACCAUCAAAUGAUACUAGAUGAGGAAAUUGAUGAGAUUCAUGUGGACGAAUGUUGCAUUUGUUUAUUCGCAAUAGCACCAUUUCAAGCCUUGUUUGUCGCACCAUGUUCUCAUACAUUUCAUUACAAAUGUUUACGGCCAUUACUGGCAAACCAUCCCGGAUUUAAUUGUCCCCUUUGUCGAGCAUAUGCUGACCUGGACGCAAGUGUGUCAGUUGAGGUGGAGGAGGUAAGUCGCUUCAAGCUAUAAUUGAUCAUGAACUAACAUAUAUGAUUAGGUUAAACUGAUGCUUCAAAGACACUAAAAAUACCCUAGCCAGCCAGCCAAUUUUAUUAUGCAUUUUCUUAUAAAUGAUGGUGACACAAGCACAAUGGACUUGACAAUAUAAUAAAGGAGUGUUCUCCCUUCUUACAUCACAUGGAAAGGGGAUGACAAUGAGGUGGUACAAUGAUAAAGAAAUCAAGGAGAAAGAGGCACAGUGAAGAAGAGAAGGGGG